UGCGGGCUGAGACACACACAAGGGAAGUGAUCGUCGCCGGAGCCAGAUCGUCUGACUCGGGACCCCCGCGCGCCAUGCCGUCCGAGAAGACCUUCAAGCAGCGCCGGAGCUUUGAACAAAGAGUGGAAGAUGUCCGGCUCAUCCGGGAGCAACACCCCACCAAGAUCCCAGUGAUUAUAGAGCGAUACAAGGGCGAGAAGCAGCUGCCCGUCCUGGACAAAACCAAGUUCCUGGUACCUGACCACGUGAACAUGAGCGAGCUCAUCAAGAUAAUUAGACGGCGCUUGCAGCUCAAUGCUAACCAAGCCUUCUUCCUCCUGGUGAAUGGGCACAGCAUGGUGAGUGUGUCCACGCCCAUCUCUGAAGUGUACGAGAGCGAGAGAGAUGAAGAUGGCUUCCUGUACAUGGUUUAUGCCUCGCAGGAGACAUUCGGGACAGCACUGGCUGUGUAAGACUACAACAAUGCCUAAUGGUUGUUAAGCCCUUACCAAGGCAAAAAGGGAUGUUACCAGCGGACGCUGGACAGCUCACCACCCACAGAUGAGAACGUAGGCACCCACGUAGGGUAUUAGGAACUGUUCAUCAGCCAGACACUGAACUCCAUGCAAGCGCAUUCAGCUUGGAAAUUCGUCUAAACUAGGCUAUUUUGUGUUCAAACUUUAGAAGUUUAAAAAUAAAAUACUUUGCAUCCUAAGUUGCCAAUAAAAAGACCAAGUUAUUUUGACAUUUUUCUCCCUAGUACGGACUUAAAACAGAAGGGCAGUGUCGGGGGCAGUCUCUUCCUGGGACCUGCUGCCUUCUCUAAAAGGGCUUCCACUCAGGAGAGAAGUCCCUCCUAAACAGUCCCUCUAAAGGCCCAGGUUGCCUAGCAGAGGUCCCCAGAGGGCUCUGGCUUUGCCCUAAACAGGUCUGGUGUGUAGGAUACAGCUCUAAGCCGGGUCCUGGUCCUGACCCCAGCCACAGUCUUUCACUCAGCAGUGCAGGGACACGCGCUCGCCGCUGUCUAGAUGUUACCACAUGCAUCUCUGCUGAGGCCAGAUCUCAGCUUGCCCAGGGGUUGCUGAUCCAGCUUCUUGAGAGACUGCAGAGCUAAGUGUUUCUCUCCUGGUUUGAAUUUUGUCUGGUCCAUGCCUGCUUCGGGAGAGCAAGCAGGUGUGCAGCUGGCCUUAGGCUGUGGCUGUCAAGCCCGAUGCCCCGGCUCUGGACUUGGCUCACAGCCUUUCUGACGGCAGUUGGGAUUUCCUCAUUUCCUGUGAGUCCAUAGAUGUCAGCAGUGAGGACAACAGCAACAGGAGACAUGCCACUUGAGCUGAAGCUAGCCUCUGCUUCCUGCAUGUGGCUGCUCUCCUGACACCAGGCCAUCCCUGCUCACUCACUCGUGGUCUGGGGAUCUCAGAGCUGCCUGCUGUCACGGACUGAAGCCAGCAUAGCCCCCUCUACCUAGCUCCCCACAGGCACCCACCUUCCCUGCAUGCAGCUGUCUUUGCUAACCCUCGAUGUUAUUUUACACUGUAAAUUCUCACUGCUCUGUCUUGUGUAGGUUGUGUACGUCAUUAUGUCCCUGGUUUUUAUAACUAUGGUGCGAUCAGGAAGGAUUCCUGUAAUACUGCUUUAAAAAUGCUGCUCAGAGGGCUGCCUCCAUUAUAGGACACCUGUACACUCUGAUGCACUAAGUCAAUAAAGGCACAACUGAA